AAAUUAAUCGUGAGCCCGAAGACUUUUUCCCCGUUAUAUACACACUCAACAUAGUCUAACAACACGCACACCCACCAAACCCCCUCUCUCUCUCUCUGCUCAAUCAGUCUCCUCUGUAGCCAAAUAGUCAUGUCUCUCCUCACCGAUCUCCUCAACCUAAACCUGUCGGACACCACUGACAAGAUCAUCGCCGAGUACAUUUGGAUCGGCGGAUCUGGCUUAGAUCUCAGAAGUAAAGCAAGGACUCUGCCUGGACCAGUAACAGACCCAGCAAAGCUUCCCAAGUGGAACUAUGACGGUUCAAGCACCGAUCAAGCCCCUGGAGACGACAGCGAAGUCAUCUUGUAUCCUCAAGCGGUGUUUAAGGAUCCAUUCAGGAGAGGCAACAACAUCCUGGUGUUGUGCGACGCUUACACACCAGCAGGCGAACCAAUUCCUACCAACAAACGACACAAUGCUGCCAAGAUAUUUAGUCAUCCCGAUGUCAUCGCCGAGGAGCCAUGGUAUGGCAUUGAACAAGAAUACACUCUUCUUCAAAAGGACGUCAACUGGCCACUUGGGUGGCCAGUUGGCGGCUUCCCUGGUCCUCAGGGACCUUACUAUUGUGGUGCAGGGGCAGAUAAGGCCUUUGGUCGUGAUAUCGUGAACUCACAUUACAAGGCUUGCCUCUAUGCUGGAAUCAACAUCAGUGGAAUCAAUGGUGAAGUUAUGCCCGGGCAGUGGGAGUUUCAAGUUGGUCCUUCAGUUGGCAUUGGUUCUGGGGAUCAAUUAUGGGUUGCUCGCUACAUUCUUGAGAGGAUCACAGAAAUUGCAGGAGUUGCUCUUUCCUUUGAUCCAAAGCCAAUUCAGGGAGACUGGAACGGUGCCGGUGCCCACACUAACUACAGCACCAAGUCAAUGAGAUCUGAUCGGGGGAUUGACGUGAUUAAAAAGGCGAUCGAGAAAUUGGGCUUGCGCCACAAGGAGCACAUUGCUGCCUAUGGAGAAGGCAAUGAAAGGAGAUUGACCGGUCGCCAUGAGACCGCUGACAUCCACACCUUCUCUUGGGGUGUCGCAAACCGGGGAGCAUCUAUCCGUGUUGGUCGUGAUACAGAAAAGGAAGGAAAAGGUUAG